AGUGUUGUUUUCACCAGCCAGGAGAUAAUAAUAAAUGUUGUUGUCGCUGAGCAGGUCGGUCACUUUCAGUUCCUCUAUUAACACGUACACACACACAGGCACACACACACUUUUGGAUUGAUAUUUUGUACGUGAUGAGUCAGAGAUCUGAAAGGCGAGGGAUCCAUGUGGAUCAGUCAGAGCUGCUGUGUAAGAAAGGCUGUGGUUAUUAUGGAAACGCGGCAUGGCAGGGGCUGUGCUCGAAGUGCUGGAGGGAGGAGUACCAGCGUGCACGACAGAAACAGAUCCAGGAGGACUGGGAACUGGCUGAGAAGUUACAGAGGGAAGAGGACGCAGCUUACGCCAGCAGUCACGUCCCUCCGUCUCAGUCCUCUCUCACGCCCUUCUCCAAGUUCGAGGAGAAAAAGACCAACGAGAAAACACGCAAAGUGACGACGGUGAAGAAGUUCUUCAGUCCAUCUUCACGGAGCAACACGAAGAAAGAGAAAGAGUGGAAUGAGGAGAGUGAGAAAGGCAAAGAGAGGCAGAGGGAGGGAAGAGAGCAGGUGCAGGGAAGGAGGGAGAGUCAUGGAGAGAUGCUGCUGCGAGAUCUGAAGGGCAUUUUUACACACUCGUUGGAGCGCGGCUUUCCGACCGAAGAGAGUCAUGAAGCGAAAUCUCACAGCCCUUCGUUUGCUCGUCGGUCAAGUGUGGAGACGGAUCAGGUAUCCAGGGAGUUUGUGGAUUUCCUGAGGAGUCUGAAACCAGGAAGAGAAAUUCACAAACAGAGCCGAGCCUUUGUGGAGAGCAUGGGGAAUAAAAAGGACCUCGGUGCUGAUGAGCUCUCAGAGUGUGUGCAGGAUUUCUACCAGAACAUGUCUGAUCGUCUCCUCACUCACUUCAAAGGUUCCUCUGAGAAGGUGGAGCGAGUGAUGGACCAGGUGGAGAAGUACAUCAUGACUCGUCUCUAUAAGAGUAUGUUCUGUCCUGAGACCACUGAUGACGAGAAGAAAGAUCUGAGUACGCAGCACCGAAUCCGGGCAUUACAUUGGGUGACCAUCCAGAUGUUAUGUGUUCCUGUGGAUGAAGAAAUUCCAGAAGCAGCUGAUAGUGUAGUGAAGGCCAUUACAGAUAUAAUCGAGAUGGACUCUAAGCGUGUGCCCAGAGAUAAACUGGCCUGCAUCACCAGCUGCAGCAAACACAUCUUCAACGCCAUCAUGGUGACCAAGAAGGAGCCGGCAUCAGCCGACGAUUUCCUCCCCACCCUGAUCUACAUCGUGCUGAAGGCCAACCCUCCACGCCUUCAGUCCAACAUCCAGUACAUCACUCGCUUCUGCAACCCCAGCCGACUGAUGAGCGGAGAGGACGGCUACUACUUCACCAACCUGUGCUGUGCGGUGGCGUUUAUCGAGAAGCUGGACGCUCACUCCCUCAACCUGAGCGUGGAGGAUUUUGAGCGCUACAUGUGCGGCGGUAGCGGUUCCGGUGACGAAUCCCCAUGCAGGAGAUCCGAACCCCCAUCCCAGUGGCUGCUCGAGCCUCUCUCGGCUCUCCAGGACCGUCAGCAGCGGGUUCUGGAGGAGGCGCAGGAUCUGCAGAUCGAGAUCCAGCGCUGGCAGGAGAGUGUGAGUCGCGAGGUGCAGGACAUCAUCAGCAAAUACCCACUGGAGAUCAAAAGGCAAGCGGCACACGCCAUCGACUGUGAGAACGAGGAGAACGACAGGCUGCCUCCGCCCCUGCAACCUCAAGUGUUCACCACCUAGACCUCCUGUCCACAUUACUGGAGUCAGUGUGAGUCAGUGUGAGUCAGUGUGAGUCAGUGUGAGUCAGUGAGUCCAGUCCCUUUCAGAUUAACACUACAACUAAAGUAAUCAUUAAUACAUUUUGCUUACAACUGCAGGUUUUUUAGAGCCUGUGGUAUCCUGUUGAGUUUUAAACCUAAAUAUUUAUUUAAUUUUGUGUUUUAAGACAAACAAUUAACUGAUUCGACUUGUGAACACGAUGACGCUGCUUAUUGAAUUUAUAUUUUUCUUCACUGAACCUAAUCUGAAUUUUUAUUACAUAUGAAACUGACCAAGUGCUGACCUGUACUGUGUGUGGGUGAGAAUUUGUGACUGUGUGCAAUGGUGUGUGUCUACAAACACACACACACACACACACACACAGAAUUGUAAUAUUGACGUGUGACCUUCACCCUCCCACAGUGUACAGACAGUCUGCUAUUUCACAUGCAGCUUUGCAGACGUUUAAAUGACACCUGAGGAAGUGUUAUAAUCAUUUAAUAAUAUUAAUAAUAAUAAUAAUGAUGGUUAUGGUUAUGACAUUCCUGCGUUCGUAACUCUCAUUGUGACAACAGUUUUUUCCUCCUGAGCUUUUAAUUAGUCCUGACGUGAAGGUCACGGAGAUUAUCAGUGUUCACUUCACUGCAAUGGUUUAGUCAUUUCACACUGCACACUGGGAUUAGUGUCUUUUAGGGCAUAUGGUGCUGCCUUACUAGGGCUUAAUGAUUAUUGAAACACAACCCAAACCCUUUCAGAAUCUGGUUACUCUCCUGUGUGCUCUCCAGUGGUCACUCCCAUGAUGAUGAUGAGGAUGAGACAAGUCCAUUUCUCAUUCUCAUGUAAAUCUGAUCUGAUGAUCAUCUCUGAAUCACACAGACUAGCAACUAAACCAUGGAGGUGAUAAACUGAAAAACACAUCUGCUUUAAUAUCAAACUACAUUUAAACAUAAAAAAUACUCUACACACACACACACACACACACACACUGCAUGAAUAAAUGGACACUGACUACUUUUAAAGGGCAUUGCUUGAAAAUAUGUAAAUAAAUCUUCAUAAAGUCUCUAAAGAGAUUCACCAGGUACACUGUAAAUGUUUGUGUAAAUGCUCGACUUUUUUUCUGCUUUUAAUAUUAAUAUAAUGUACAGUUGUGUGACGAUCAGUUGUACGUUAAACUGCAAUAUAUAUAUAACUAUACAUGCUUUAUGAAAUACUGUAGUCAUCAGGAGUACAGGGUUCUGCUCAAAGACAUACAUUUAAAGGGAUACCGGAUGUGUUCGUCACAAUUCACAAUUAGGGCUCUUGGGGGCGUGGCUAUUAUACUAGGUGACAUUUGAUUGGAUUUGUCUUAAUUAUUUAAAUCUUCUUUUUCAUUUCAAUAACUGAUCAGUAAAAACCUGCUGAAUGUGAGUGGUGCAUUUAUUAAGAGUUUAUAACCAUGUUAGAAACACCGACUACAGCCUGAGGAGUGUGAUUGGUUUAAAGCAUGUAAUGGGGACUGAUCCAGAGAACACACACACACACACACACACACACACACUAACUCUAAUUGUGAUGAAAGUGCAGUGGUGUGAGACUGGUUGUAUUCAUAAAGCACACACGACUGAAUGGGAUGUCCUGUAAAAUGAAAAAUGAAUAAAUAAAUAAAUAACA